CGCGGGGCGGAGCGGGCGCUGCCGGCGGCGCCGCUGGCGGCCAGCGCGGGGCGGCGGUUCUGCCUGGCCGCGGAGAGGGGUGCCCCGGCGGGCCUGCCGCAGCAGGCCCGCGUCGUCGUGGUGGGAGGCGGCAUCAUCGGCACCUCGGUGGCCUACCACCUGGCGCUAGAGGGCUGGACGGACGUGGUGCUCCUGGAGCGCGACCGGCUGACGUCCGGGACGACGUGGCACGCCGCGGGGUUGGUCUGCACCUUCGGCUCGCUCUCGGAGACCUCCACCGAGUUCCGGAAGUACUCCAAGGAUCUGUACCGGAGGCUGGAGUCGGAGACGGGGCAGUCGACGGGGUUCAAGGCGUGCGGCUUCAAGCUCGCCACCGAGCCCGACCGCCUGGAGGAGUACCGGCGGGUGGCCGCCGCCAACCGGCUGUUCGGCGUGGACGUCCAAGAGAUCGGGCCCAGAGAGGUCGCGGAGCUGUUCCCUCUCUGCCGCACGGACGACGUGCUGCGGGGCUUCUACGUCCCGGACGACGGCAGAGUCAAUCCCGUGGACGCGUCCAUGGCCAUCGCGAAGGCCGCACGCGAGCGCGGGGUGCGGAUCGUGGAGGGCGUUCCCGUGACUGGCGUCCUCAAGCGUGACGGCCUCGUCGCUGGGGUGGCCACGGCCCACGGGGACGUGGCCGCGGAGUACGUGGUGAACUGCGCCGGCAUGUGGGCGCGGCAGUUUGGGGCACUCGCGGGCGUGGCGGUGCCCAACCAGGCAGCAGAGCACUACUACCUGAUCACGGAGGCCAUGCCAGACGUUCAUCCCGACUGGCCCAGCUUGGCGGACCCGGCCUCUCACACCUACAUCCGGCCCGAGCGGGGCGGGCUGAUGGUGGGCCUCUUCGAGCCCGAAGCCGCAGCUUGGAGCGUGCCGGCCGUGCCCGAGGACUUCUCCUUCGGGGAGAUCCAGCCAGACUGGGACCGCAUGGCCCCGUUCCUAGAGAGGGCCAUGUCGAGGGUCCCAAGGGCGCUCGAGGUGGGCAUGAGCCAGUUCUUCUGCGGCCCCGAGAGCUUCACCCCGGACCUGGCGCCGCUGGUCGGGGAGGCCCCGGAGCUGCGGAACUACUUCGUCGCGGCCGGCCUCAACUCUGUCGGCAUCCUGUCUGGCCCUGGCAUCGGGCGCCUCCUGGCCCGUUGGAUCGUGAAGGGCCGCCCAGACAUGGACGUCACUGGCAUCAAUGUGGACCGUGCGCAGUGGUACCAACCAACCCCGACUACAGGGCACGCCGAGUGGUGGAGUCUCUCGGGAAGGUGUACAAGUGCCACUACCCAUCGCAGCCCGUGCAGUCAGCGCGCGACGUGAAGCGCUCGCCCCUGCACCACCGCUUGGUGGAGCGCGGAGCGUACUUUCGAGACGUCAGUGGCUGGGAGGGGGCCGACUGGUUCGCUGGACCAGGCGCCGAGCCGAAGAUCGAGGCGCACUCGUGGGGCCGGGAGAGCUGGUUCCCGCACUGGGAGGCGGAGCACAAGGCCUGCCGCGACGGCGCCGUGCUGAUAGAUAUGUCGUUCAUGUCCAAGUUCAUGGUGCAAGGCCGCGACGCGGGCCGCGUGCUGAACUUCAUCUCGGCUGGGAACGUGGAUGGAGAGGCUGGCAGGAUCACCUACACGCAGUGGUUGAACGAGGAGGGCAGGCUGGAGGCGGACCUUACCGUGUCCAAGCUGGCGGCCGACACGUAUCUUGUCGUCGCCACCGACACCAUGCACCGUCAUGUCGAGGC